GUUUGAUACACACUCAGCUGACAGAUAAAGUAAUUACAGAAGUGUUGAGGUGAUGCGCGUUUUUGGAUAAAGGGUUAGCUGAAGUGCGUAUUGACAGAUAAAUAUCCAGUUGGCAAAAGUGACUCUAAAUCAGCUGCAGUCGUGCGUAAAAUUUGGAUAAUGUGGCAAUCUUGCUUUUUGGUGCUUGUGGGCGCGGUGGUCGUGAGCGCGCAGUUCCCCAGAGAGUGUGUGACACCCGAGGGACUCAGGAGCGGACAGUGUUGUCCGUCACCCUCUGGACUCAAUAACGACCCUUGUGGCUCAAGCACGGGCCGCGGACAGUGUGUGUCCAUCACGGUUGACUCGCGGCCGCACGGGCCUCAGUACCCCCACGACGGACGGGAUGAUCGGGAACGGUGGCCCAUUCGUUUCUUCAACCGUACUUGUCAGUGUAAUGGGAACUUCAGCGGGUAUAACUGCGGCCGCUGCAGACACGGAUGGACGGGAGCCAACUGUGAUCAGAGGGUUUCUGUUGUAAGAAGAAACGUGAUGCAGCUCAGCGGAGACGAGAAGCGUGCGUUCGUGAACGCGCUGGAUCAGGCCAAGCGCACAGUUCACCCGGAGCUGGUGAUCGCCACGCGGCGCUAUCAGGAGAUCUUCGGGCCUGACGGGAGCACCGUGCAGUUUGAGAACAUCACCAUCUACAAUUACUUCGUGUGGUCCCACUACUACUCCGUCGGCAAGACGUUCCUGGGCGCGGGGCAGGCCAGUUUCGGAGGAGUGGACUUCUCACAUGAGGGGCCCGGUUUCGUCACCUGGCACAGGUACCACCUGCUGCAGCUGGAGAGAGACAUGCAGGAUAUGCUGCAAGACCCCUCCUUUGCUCUGCCCUACUGGAACUUUGCCAUCGGUGGAACUACAUGUGACAUCUGCACAGAUGACCUGAUGGGAGCCCGGAGCAGUUUUGACAUGAAUUCCCUGAGCCCCAACUCCAUCUUCUCCCAGUGGAGGGUCAUUUGUGAGAGCGUAGAGGACUAUGACACACUGGGAACCAUCUGCAACAGUACUGAGACAUCUCCUAUCAGAAGGAACCCAGGAGGAAAUGUCAACAGACCGAUGGUCCAGCGUCUCCCAGAGCCCCAGGAUGUGGCAGACUGUCUGCAGGUCAACACUUUUGACACACCGCCGUACUACUCCACCUCCUCUGAAAGCUUCAGAAACACAGUGGAAGGCUACAGUGCCCCCCAGGGGAACUAUGACCCUGUGGUUAGGAGCCUCCACAACCUGGCCCAUCUGUUCCUGAACGGGACAGGAGGACAGACCCACCUGUCCCCCAAUGACCCCAUCUUUGUCCUGCUCCACACAUACACCGAUGCCAUCUUUGACGAAUGGUUGAGGAGACACGGUCCAGGUUCAGCAGUGUAUCCUGAAGAAAAUGCCCCCAUUGGUCACAACAGGGGCUAUAACAUGGUGCCUUUCUGGCCUCCAGUGACAAACGCUGAGAUGUUUGUAACUGCCCCGGAAAAUCUUGGCUACUCUUAUGAAGCUGAGUGGCCAGGUCAACCUUUCACUCUGACGGAAAUCAUCACCAUGGCAAUAGUUGCUGCUCUUGUGGUCGUUGCAGUCAUUUUUGCCGCCACCACAUGUGCCGUGCGUGCCAAAUCUUACAAGAUGGAGGGCCACCAGCCUCUGCUCGGGGAUCAGUACCAGCGGUACGAUGAUGACAAAAGCCAAUCUGUAGUUUAAACAGAAGCCUCAGCUAUGUGCCUCUUCUCUUUACUUUUGCAAUGACACAGCUGUGCAGUUUGUUAAAGCCUCAAUCUGUUCUCACCAGAAGACAUGUAGAUUCUUGAAAAUCAUAUUUAUAUGACAUUCAUGUCCCUAUAUAAAAAACAGGUACAGUUUAUAUUUCUUAGUUUUACAUUUCCCAAUCACCCAUUUAACAUCAAAUUUUAUGAUAGAAAGGUAAAAAUACAUGCAGUAGUCUUUAAGGAUAUGAUGUUGCAAAAAUAACAAAGGUGGUCUUUUAGCAAUUUUCAGAUUUCUGGAAAAUUUGAAAAUAAAGUGAAUAUGAACAAAUAAAGUUUUGGUGUAACAGCCAGGCCACCAGAUGGUGCUCAACUCUGAUCCGAGUCAGGCUUUUAAAAAUGUCAUGUAAGUAUUAGCAAUGUUCUGUGAAGCUAAAUCAGGUGUAAAGAAUGUAGAUUCUGGUAAAUGGUUCAUUUUCUUAACCUUUUGAACACAUUUAAAGUAAUAGAGAAGGUAAUGUGAGAGUAAUACAUGCAGAAAUAAUUCAAACAUAAACUUAAACAUCUUCAACUUCUACCAUGUUUAUAGACAAUAGCACUUUAUGUGAUUAUCUGACUGCACAUUUAGUUUAAUUUAGUUUAGUUUUGCUGCACAAUGACAACAGUGGUUGACAAUAACUGUACAAUACACUGCCCAUAUAAUAGAGCCACUGUGCCCACAAGGGGGUGCAAUAAUUCAAUCUCUGAAACUGCUUGUACAGUACUGACUAAAAGAGAUGUGCUUUUUGGAUUUUUUAUAUUAUUAUCAUUAUUAUGAUGUACUAAAAUCAUUUCAUCCACAUAACCUGAAAUGUUAAUAAUGAAUGAAGAUAUAAAAAGUAAAUUAUAAAAACGGGUGGUGAUUGAGAAGAACUGUAGCAAAGUGCAGGACAGUCAACAGGUUGUGACCUUACUGAACUGUGAACUCACAGGAUUUUUUCUCUUUUUCUAUCUUUGUUUCUCUUUCUUUUUUGUAAACUACAUUUAUGUGAAAUGGUCAUUAAUGCUGUCCUGUUUUUACAUUUCUACUUUUGCCAAAAAUGUUGUUUGAUCUGGGUGCAUGCCAAAUUAUUUAAAUGAUUAAAUUGGACGGCUACACACUGUGAUGUUCCUCGACUUUGCGCCUGCGUUCAUAUGAUUUAAAAAAACACACCAAAAAUAUAGUUAUGCACACAAAAAAAUCAC